CGCGCCGCGCCGGCCGGAGGGGCCCGCAGCCCGGACCAUGGCGGCGGCGGGUGCCGACGGGCGGCGCGCGGCCCUGGAGGCGGCGGCGGCGGCGGCCCCCGAGCGGGGCGGCGGGAGCUGCGUGCUGUGCUGCGGGGACCUGGAGGCCACGGCGCUGGGCCGCUGCGACCACCCGGUGUGCUACCGCUGCUCCACCAAGAUGCGGGUGCUGUGCGAGCAGCGCUACUGCGCCGUGUGCCGCGAGGAGCUGCGCCAGGUGGUCUUUGGGAAGAAGCUUCCCGCCUUUGCCACAAUCCCCCUCCACCAGCUGCAGCACGAGAAGAAGUAUGACAUCUAUUUUGCAGAUGGAAAAGUUUUUGCCUUGUACAGGCAGCUGCUUCAACAUGAGUGCCCACAGUGCCCCGAGCUGCCGCCGUUCGGCCUCUUCGGGGACCUGGAGCAGCACAUGCGGAGGCAGCACGAGCUCUUCUGCUGCAAGCUCUGCCUCAGACACCUCAAGAUCUUCACGUACGAGCGCAAAUGGUAUUCACGCAAGGACCUGGCACGGCACCGCAUGCAGGGGGACCCUGACGACACGUCGCACCGAGGGCACCCGCUCUGCAAGUUCUGUGACGAGCGCUACCUGGACAACGACGAGCUGCUCAAACACUUGCGGCGCGACCACUACUUCUGUCACUUCUGUGACUCGGACGGGGCCCAGGACUAUUACAGCGACUACGCCUACCUGCGCGAGCACUUCCGGGAGAAGCACUUCCUUUGUGAGGAGGGUCGCUGCAGCACCGAGCAGUUCACCCACGCCUUCCGCACCGAGAUCGACCUCAAGGCGCACAGGACGGCCUGCCACAGCCGCAGCCGCGCCGAGGCCCGCCAGAACCGCCAGAUCGACCUGCAGUUCAGCUACGCGCCGCGGCACUCGCGCCGGAACGAGGGGGUCGUCGGGGGCGAGGACUACGAGGAGGUGGACAGGUACACCCGCCAGGGCCGUGCGGGCCGGGCCGGCGGCCGUGGAGCCCAGCAGAGCCGCCGAGGAAGCUGGAGGUACAAGAGGGAAGAAGAGGACCGGGAAGUGGCAGCUGCCAUCCGGGCCUCGGCGGCCGCGCAGCAGCAGCAGCAGCAGCAGCAGCAGCAGGAGACACGCAAGAGUGAGGACCGGGAGGAGGGCAGCAGGCCCAAGAAGGAGGAGGCAGGGGUGCGGGGGCUGGAGGAGCUCCGCGGUGCCCGGCGCCCGCCCCGGACUCAGGGUGAAGGUCCAGGCCCCAAGGAAGCCUCAACAAACGGUCCUGUAAGCCCGGAGGCCCUCCCGGCAGCCAGCCCGGCCGCAGGGGCCGCACUUCCAAGCACCCUCCCCGCCCCGACUUCGAAGCUCAAGGAGGAAGACUUCCCCAGCCUCUGCGCCUCCGUCGCCUCUCCCUCCUCCUCGUCUGCCGCCGGGGCCGCCCUGGGCCCCUCGGGGCCGGCGCUCGCGUCCCAUGUCUCUGCCAGGGGCAGGGGCACCUUCCAAGAGGACGACUUCCCGGCCCUGGUGCCCUCCGCCUCCAAGCCCGGCUCCGCCCCCACCAGCCUCAUCUCCGCGUGGAACAGCAGCAGCAGCAAGAAGGCGGCGCGUCCCUCCGCAGGGGCCCAGGCUGCGGGCGGGAGCGGCCAGCCCUCCAGGAAGGCCGGCAAGGGGGGCAAGGGCGGCAAGAAGGGCGGGCCUCCCCCCUUGGAGGAGGAGGCGGAGGAGGGCCGCGCCGGCCUCACCGCCCAGGAGCUGCGGAGCGUGCCCACCACGGUGGCCGUCUCCUCCCUGCUGGCGCUGGCCUCCACCCAGACCGUCACCAAGGUUGGCAAGAAGAAGAAGGUGGGCUCAGAGAAGCCAGGUGCUGCAUCGCCGCCCCUACCACCCGCUGACAGAGAUGGGCCCCCUGGGGCCGAGCGGGCCCCCGGCGCCCCCACUGGCAGGGCCGAGGGGCCAGUCGCUGUCAUCGUCAACGGACACACAGAGGGGCCGGCCCCGGCUCGGAGCACACCCAAGGAGCCCCCUGGGCUCCCGCGGCCCCUAGGGCCCCUCUCCUGCCCCACAGCCCAAGAAGACUUCCCAGCACUGGGAGUCCCCUGCCCACCCAGGAUGCCCCCUCCCCCAGGUUUCAACGCCGUGGUGCUCCUGAAGGGCACUCCACCCCCGCCCCCACCCGGCCUGGUGCCCCCCGUCAGCAAGCCGCCCCCCGGCUUCUCCGGCCUCCUGCCCGGCCCACACCCGGCCUGUGUCCCCAGCACUGCCACCACCACGAAAGCACCCAGGCUGACACCUGCACCACAGGCCUACCUGGUGCCCGAGAACUUCCGGGAGAGGAACCUGCAGCUCAUCCAGUCUAUCAGGGACUUCUUGCAGAGCGACGAGGCCCGCUUCAGCAAGUUCAAGAGCCACUCGGGGGAGUUCAGACAGGGCGUGAUCUCCGCGGCCCAGUAUUAUAAGAGCUGCCGUGACCUGCUCGGGGAGAACUUCCAGAAGAUCUUCAACGAGCUGCUGGUGCUCCUGCCCGACACGGCCAAGCAGCAGGAGCUGCUGUCUGCACACGCGCACUUCCACGGCCGAGAGAGGCCUCCGGGCACCAAGGCCAAGAAGAAGAAGAACGCAUGGCAGGCCAGCACCCGGCCGGCAGACCUGGACUGCUGCGUGUGCCCCACCUGCCAGCAGGUGCUCGCGCACGGGGACGUCAGCAGCCACCAGGCCCUGCAUGCCGCCCAGGACAGCGACUUCCCCUCCCUGCAAGCCAUCGCCAGGAUCCUCACGUAGCCCCCGCCAGCACGGGCAGGAGCCGCCACACCCUCCUUCCUUCCUGCUGGCUGCCACGCAGCCGGGGUCCCCGGGAGGCCGCCUGCUCCGGGCCCUCAGCCGGCCCGCCCGCCAGGGGCCACCAGGAAGGCCCACCCUGCCCUGUCCGCACACCAUCGCGUGGGAGUCCACCCAGUGGCCUCCUGGGAGCCGGGCGAAGGCCUCAGUGGCGGGCCGGUCUUGGUUUGUGUUUUCAUGCUUUUGAAAGUUGCGAGGGGAGGGAAGGGCUGAGAGGCCGGAUCCUGUCCGUGCUGUGUGAGCUGGUGGCAACAGUGGCUGUGUCCAGGCCACACACCCCCACCCCGGCUGGAGGGCUGCGGCACCGUGGUCCCCAAGUCAGCAGAUGUGGGUCCACCCGUGCUGGAGUCAGGUGUUGAGCGUGUUGUGUAAACAGUUGGCUGUUUCGUGAUUCAAGAACGUUCAGGAUUAAAAGCAGACACGAAAUUGUGCUACUUGAAGUUGUAUCUUUUUAUGAGACAAGCUGAAUCUGGGAUCUCAAAUUGCCUCUGACGUUUUAUAAGACCGUGUAUCUUCAAAUAAAUUUAUUUUGCAAUAACGCA